CGUUACUCGAUUGAGUCUGCCUAUCUGUGACGUCAUCGCCGCGCGCUAGCAGCGUAAAGACAACAAAACAGCAUGGCGGAUGGCGGAGGAGAAGCACACGAGCGAGAAAUUAUCAAGCCACCAUUGCGGUCCAGUGUCUGGAAACACUUUGGCUUUUGCAAAGAUGGAGAUGUUCUAAAUAAGUCACUCGCUGUUUGUCGGAUAUGUAAAGGUCAAGUAAAGUACAACGGCAACACGACAAAUCUCUCCAACCACCUACUAAGGCGCCAUGGGAUUGCACACAACACCGAUCGUCCAGGCACCUCUUCCAGCGUUCCCGCUGCAGCAUCACUGCAAGGUAACAGUAAAGUCACAGAAGCCUCGGGCCUCGCCUGCAUGUUUAGUCAGAGACUAGGCCAAAACUCGGCUCGGGCAAAAAAUAUCACGGCAACAAUUGCCAAGUUUAUCUGCAAAGAUAUGCGACCCUACAGUGUGGUUGAAAACCCGGGGUUCCGUGAAAUGAUUAAAACAUUGGAGCCAAGGUACACGAUACCAAGCCGACCACACUUCUCAGAAACGGUUAUUCCUGCAUUGUACGAAAGUACUAAGAAUGAUGUGAAGCUGUCGCUCUCUCAAGCUGAACGAGUAGCGAUAACAACGGAUGGCUGGACGUCAUGUUCAAAUCAAGGGUAUGUGACAAUUACCUCUCAUCACAUUGAUCCGGAUUGGAAAAUGAAAACCUUUGUUUUGCAAACCAGAGUUUUAAAUGAAGCCCAUACUGGUAAAAAUAUUGGCGCGUUACUGCGUGAAGCCUGCAUUGAGUGGAAAAUCUCCGACAAGAAUCCUGCGAUUGUAACAGAUAACGCCAAGAACAUGAUUGUGGCCGGCGCAGAAGCCCAGUUCAGUCCACACAUUACCUGCUUCGCACAUACGCUCAACCUUGCCUCACAGAAGGGUUUGGGGGUGGACCGUGCUUCCAGGUUGUUGGGGAAAGUGCGAAAAAUUGUUGGCUAUUUUCACCGCAGCCCGAUUGCAUGUCACGUCCUACAGGAAAAACAAACUCUGAUGGAUUUACCAAAACACAAACUAAUCCAAGACAUAAUCACCAGAUGGAACAGUUCAUUCGAAAUGCUUGAACGUUUUUUGGAACAGCAGCCAGCUAUAAUGGCAACUCUGAUGUCCAAGGAUCUGCGAAAAGGGGUCACAGAUGUAUGCACGCUGAGUGAGAGUGAUAUUGCCAACAUGGAUGACAUUGUUCAGUUGAUGGGUCCUGUCAAAAUUGCAACAACUGUAAUGUGUGAGGAAGACCAGCCAACUCUCUCUGUAAUUGCUCCUCUUCAAGCAAAACUUCUGAAACACCUACAGCCAUGCGAAAACGACUCAACCCUGGUUGCAGAGAUUAAGAUGGUGAUGACCAAUGACCUCUCCAAACGCUACAAAGGCACCCAAGAUGCUCUCAACAUAGCAUCAGCGUUGGACCCGCGAUUUAAAGAACUGCCCUACCUGGACAAAGAGGACAGAGAACAGGUCUACGCAAAACUGAUUUUUGAGGCAGAAGCGUCCCACCAGAUGCAAGCAAUGGGAAAUCAGGAGGAAGACGAGGGAGGCUCAAGCACAAAGCUGUCAGGAUUCGAUGAAGAGACCACAGCUCCAAAUGAGUCACCUCCUUGUAAGAAGAAAGCCUUAGAUGCACUGUUUGGUGAUUCCUUUACCCAAAGAGAAAGAAAAUCCACAAGCGAGACAGCCAGAGCAGAGGUUAUGAGGUACCGAGCAAAAGAUGCAUUGCCUUUGACUGAAAAUGCCAUGAAUUGGUGGAAAUCUCAGGAGAACGAGCUACCUGUACUUUCAAUCCUUGCUAAACGGUACCUGUGCAUUCCAGGCACCAGUGUGCCAGCAGAGCGAGUUUUUAGUACUGCUGGCGACAUAGUGAACGCACAGAGAAGUGUUCUGCGGCCAGAUCAUGUUGAUCAGUUGAUAUUUUUGAAAAAAAAUCUGUAAGGUCAUUGAAGAGUAGUUUGUUACACUUGACCUAUUGUUACAUAUUAGUGCACUGCUGUUUGUUUAUUAAAAUGAGAGUAGUAGCAAGUUCAGCCACUGCUCAUUCAACCUUAAUAAAUGUUGGUUGCACUUUACUUUUGAUAUUAAUACUGUAUUUGUAUUAUUUUUAUGUUGAAAAACCACAGCAAAGGUAGCAGGUAAACCUACUAUUAAUACAACCUCAGGAAAGGUUGGUUGCACUUUAUUUUUGAUAAUAAUACUGUAUUUGUAUUAUUUUGUAUGUUGAAAAACAACAGCAAACGUAGCAGGUAAACCUACUAUUAAUUCAAUCUGAAGAGAUGUUUGUUGCACUUUAUUUUUGGUAUUAAAUACCAAACAAACAUCUCUUCUGGUUGAAUUAAUAGUUAAUUUUAUACUUUAUAUUUUAUAUAUGAAUAAUACUAUUAAUAUUGUAAUAUUUUUAUGUUGAAAAACAAAAGCAGAAGUAGCAGUUAAACCUACAGUUGAAAUGUUGGUUGGUUGGUGCACUUACUGUACUGAAAAUGUUAAUUCAACCUAAAUUGUUGGUUGCACUUUAGUCAAAUAAAAUGUGAAUGCACAUUCCAUUAAUU